AUGCAACAAAUGCUUCCCGUGCAUUCUAUGGGACACACAUCCAACGAAGACUCCAGCAAUCCAGACCAUAGAGAACGAAACCACGCAAACGCAAACUCAGACCCAACGGCGAUGGUACCGGCAUCUCGAAACCCAACGACCACGGGCGUAGCCGUGAACAUGCCAAUGCAUCUGUCGUCGACCAAUAGCGGUGCUGGUGCUGGUUCUGGCGCUGGCUCCGGUGGUGGCUCCGGUGCUGGCAAAGGUGUGCUUCAUAACAACACGGGUCACGUGACCCACGCUGACGCUUCGCUAACCAUGGGCCAAGCGGUGCGUGGGCCAAAUGCCACGGGCGCCAGUGCAGCUGCCGCCGCUAGCGACAAAAAUGGAGCUGUUCCGGCCCAUUCAGGGCUGCCUUUGCGUCACCAAAAUUCUAUGGCCAUGCCACCUUAUAUGGCGCAGACUGCGUCGCAACUCAACGCACAAUUUCCCAUGCACAACCUCAUGCCCAUCCCACCGGCUCAAUCUCCGCCUUCUAACAGUAACGACGCAGACCGCGACGAAAACGACAGCCAAUUGAUUGGGAAGUCUGGUAAACCGUUGAGAAAUACCAAACGCGCUGCCCAAAACAGAAGCGCGCAAAAGGCUUUCCGUCAAAGACGCGACCGCUACAUCAAAGAUCUCGAGACCAAAGUGGAAGAGUUUGACCGGCUCGAUGCUCAGGUUGCUGCCCUCUCACAGGAAAACGAGUCUCUAAAACGGUACGUUAUGGAGCUGGAACAACGUCUCAUGGCAACGCGUGCGCCGUAA